GCUAAAACCAUGAUUUGUUAAACUACCUGAGCACCACCGACUCUUCCCCAGUGGCGUUGGACAGCACGUCGGACAGAGAAGGCAGGACCGACAGACAACCGGGACACUCAGGAUACUAGUCUUGGAAAGCACUAAUAUUUCCGCACAGACUUUUCUGACGGACAUGAACGCGCUUUUAGACCGCUUUCACAACUUCUUCUUACCGCUAGUGCGAGGGGAGGACGGUGUCUGCGCCUGCACCUGUGGGAGGCAUCAAAUCUAUCAUGUCGUUCCAUAUAAUGGGGCGAAGUUCAUGGUGGAUUCAAACUACAUUGUAAGUGACAUCAUAACCCAGCAGAAAAUGAACAUCAUAGUUGGACUGCUCCUGGGCCUCUGCAUCAGCUUGUUCUUCAGCUUGUUCUUGAAGUGGCUGGAUACGGUAUUUGAGUCACGGCUCAAAUACUGCAGGGCAAACCACAUGAAUGAUGCUGGUUUCUGGUCAUGGAUGCCUAAAUUCAGUAAAACAAGGGAAUUUUUCAGGCCGUUAUAUCCACAACACACGGAGGUCUCCAGUGGGAAGACGCUGCACAUCAGUCAAGAAGUGUACCAUAAUGUUAAUGACACAUAAAGAUAAAAAUGUGGAUUGA